AUGUUCCUCUCGAUAAUGGCUACGCAAGGUGACCUGGCCAGCUCGGAGUGUCCUGGAUACCGGCAUGCUCCGGUCCUCAACCAUCAGUCUGGAUCGGUCCCUCGAGCAGUAAAGAAGAUGGCGCGGUUAGUUGGCCUCUCGUUCGCACUGAUCCAUUUCCUCUGGAUGUUGUUGUUUUUCCCUCAGCAAUCGGACACUGGUGUAACAUUAACGGAAUCGGGAGACACUGAGCUUUACACCUCUGAAGUUAGUUUUUAUUUGAUGCUUUCAAUUGUUAUCUUUGUAUUUACUGCACUCGAUAUUAAGACUGACGUAAGAAAUUCAUUGGAUGGGAAAUUGCCCGAAUCAAAUAAGGAUUACGACCUAUUGAGAAUGAGUCUAAAAGAUUCUCUGAAACCACACGAAGUCGCCGAAUGGUUCAAAGAUCUAGUAUUCUCAUGGCUCCAGCGAUUAGUUGAAUCUGCAUCUAUCGUUUAUAUAAUGCAUUUCAUUCAGAUGGAAAUGUCUUACACUACGGAAGGAACACACGUAUUAUCCUGUGAAUUGUUAAUGGUCGCGUGUAUUGAAACCUGCUCUUGUUUUUUCGUAGUUACAAAUUUAUUGUGUGUAAUAGUUGUAUUUCCAUUGACCCUUUACGCCAUACUUUUCAGAGAAAGUUCUUUAGUUUCCAAAUACGUAGGACCUCCUGCCCUGCCUCAAGAUGAAGGAUGGGUCCGCGACUUGCAGAUGAAGGAAUGGUUGUUCCUAAGCAUCGUUUCGAGUCGAUUCCCGCGUGGACUUUUCAAGUUUAUUCUUCAUGACAUUGCUGCGCAGGAUGAAAAUGAUAUAAUAAAGAGGUUCGUUGAGGAGUCUUUGGAAUCAGUGGAUAUUGCCUGUGCCUGUAAAAAUGACCUUCAACUCUUUUGCUGCCAAAGAAGCAUCGAGAAACAGAUCCCAUAA